AUGAGUGUCGAGAUUGUGACGAGCAUGGGGCGCCAGUCUGCCGGCGACAUUGUUCUGGAUCUCGACGAGAAAAGCGUCCGUGCCGACGACGCGCAUGUAGCUGGUCCGUUUGGCGUGUUCAGGGCCUUUGAUGGCUCUACGGAUUCUGGAUCUUCGCCGUUGCAGCCCUCUGUUUCUGGGGGCUCGCCUAAUACGUCGCCAUCUGAUGCCUUACCAGAGACGAUGGACGGCGAGCUCGAUGAAGAUAUUGAGGAUAUUGCCAUCGAGCCUUGGUCCGUUGACGAUAACUCCUUAGCUCUGGAGCCAUAUCUCUUACCUGGACCGUUUGAUAACUUCAACACCGAAGGCAUCAUGGGUAACAUGGGCCAGCCGUGGAUGCACGGCGAAGGGCCCGGAAAUAUUGGACAGAACUAUCAAAAGAGUGCCCAGACACAUCUUAAAAAGGCUUUGCAAGGCGAAUCUGAUGAGCCAAGUCAGGCCAAGUACAACGAGAUCCUUAUGGCCAUUCUUGCCACAGCCAUGGUAUCGGUUCUCUACAAUGGAUCCCGCGCAGUAAAGAUCUUCCUCCUCGAUGCCGAACGCCUAAUCCGUCUCCGUGGCCUUGCGAUGCCCAAAUCCUUCCACGUCCGCGUCCUACACCAUGUCUACACACACCUUCGCGUCAUUGCAGAGAGUACGGACAUUGCGAUAGACUCUGCAAAAUCCCAAGCGCAGGCAGCAACCGAGAUGGCGGUGUCGCUCCGCAAGUUCCGUAUUGCAGAAGAUUCUCUCGGCGCCGACCUCGACUUGUCACGGGAGAAGCCCGCAGAGGUGGGCUACGCGGAUAUUCAUCUCGAUGUUUCUGGCCACUGGCCUGUUACGAUGUACCCAGAGAUCUAUGGUGUGCCAGAGUCACUGAUGACGCUGCUGUCGCAGACCAUUAGCUUUGCCAAUGAAAAGACCAAGCUGGAGGCCAUGGCUAUGUACGACCACCGCAUCUCAAUGGCCUUGUCGCGCCAUAUCAAACAAUUGGAGCAGAACAUUUGGUCCUGGUCUCUGGGAUCGUCGGAUAUGCAAAGUGGGCCAAGCCGUCCGCGGGAACUUGUCACUCAGGAGACGAAGCUCGUAGACCAUCCUCUCAUCCGAUCUCUGACCCUUGCCAUGCACCAGGCACUUAUCAUAUACUUUUACCGUCGCGUCUACAACAUGAGCGCCAUGGUGAUUCAGGAUUCUGUGCGUAAGACGCUGGAUUUCAUUCAGCCGUGCCUCGAAGAGACAGCGGACGAUCACGACUUUGCCACGAGCAUCGGGUGGGCAGCUUUUAUUGCAGCGUGCGAGGCUACAACGCCCGAUUUACAAGAGAGGGGCCUCAAAGUGCUUCAAACAAUUGAUAGUAGCGGCGUGAUAUUUGGUACUGAUAAGCCUAGUGUUUUGGCCCAGAGUGUAUGGGAUAAGAGGACAGAGACCGGCGAUUGGACCCUAAGCUGGCCGGACAUGAUGAAGACUAUUCCGAGGUGA